ACAUCAAUUUCUCUAUUUCCUAAAACAAGAUAAACUACUUUAUUGCUCUUCAUUAUUUGUACUACUAGUACUACUCCUCAACUAUCCUCAUCUCAUCUCAAUCUCUAUCCUUGGCCUCUCUGUGAUUCUGUAAACAAAUAACUUAUUCUUCGAUGGCUACUAAUCGCUGGCUCAGGCCCGAGGUAUAUCCACUGUUUGCUGCGGUUGGAGUUGCAAUUGGAAUCUGUGGGCUUCAGUUGGUUCGUAAUAUGCGUAUCAACCCUGAAGUCAGGGUAAACAAGGUGAAAAGAGCUGCUGGCAUUUUGGAGAACUUUGAAGAGGGAGAAAAAUAUUCUGAACAUGCCAUCAGAAAGUUUGCUCGUAACAGGCCACCAGAAAUUUUCCCUAACCUCAAUAGGUUCUUCAGUGACCCUCAAAAGAAUUAAUUGCACCUGUAUCUGGGUUGGAAUAAAGUUAUGCAACUUCACCCUUAUCACGGCAAUGUGUAAUGUAAUGUGAUCUUGACUAUAAUCUGCUGUGUUGGCCGCCUUGCAGUAUCGAUGUGUCUUGUAAAAUUUGUUGGUGACUCCUCUGUUGCAGUUUGUAUUGAGACUCAUAUGUUGAAUGUUCAAAUGGUUUUUCUGAAUGAAA